CAUUUACAAUUUGACGUUUAUAUUUUACAUUUUAACAAACAAACCUUUGUUAACGUUGAGGCAAAUAUUGCACUUUUUGUAUAUUUGCAAACGAGAAUCCUUUAGUUCACUGACCUUCCAAAAACAUCGCUUACAAUGCUACUCAACCUUCAAGUCUAAAAUAAGCGUCAAAAUUCGCAGUGAAGCAUUCUAUAAUUAUAAAGCAAUGUCUCUUGCAGAGAGCCCCUCCAAAGAUUCGGUUACUAUGAGUUUAGAAGGAAGUAUUAAUAAUUUAUCGAGUGAGUUUAGUAUAUUGUCCAUGUCUUUGUGUUCAACGAUGUCUUCAACCCAGCUAGAGCAUUUUAGAUGCGAAGGUCAUGCUGAACAUAGUUUAGCAUGUAUGAAAAACUAUCUACAGGGUGGAAAGCUUUGUGAUGUUACCCUCAUUGCGGGAUCCAAUGGGAAACGAGUGCAAGCACACAGGUUGGUGCUUUCUGCAGCUAGUGAAUAUUUUUCGGCAAUGUUUACAGGAAGUUUAAGUAACAACGAGUCUGAAAUAACGUUGGUAAAUGUGAAUGGCGAUAUAUUACAAGCAGUUGUAAAUUAUUGCUACACAGGGUGUAUAGAAAUAAGAGAAGAUAAUGUGGAAACACUGUUAUCUACAGCAUGUCUGAUGUUGUUACAUGAAGUGGUGGAAGCCUGCUCAAGAUUUCUAGCUCAUCAACUACAUCCUAGCAAUUGUUUGGGGAUAGCAAAUUUUGCAGAGCAUCAAGCAAUUUCAAGCUUAUUGCAAGAGGCUAAUGCUUAUACCAGUCAACAUUUCAUGCAAGUGAUACGAAACCAGGAGUUCCUUCAGCUCGAUGUCGACCAAAUGGCAACACUGUUGAAUAAUGAUGAUUUAAAUGUGACCUGUGAGGAACACAUUUUCCAGGCACUGAUGAGCUGGAUUCAAUACGAUACAGAUUCUAGGCGUCAGUACAUCGGUCAUUUGCUGGGUUUCGUGAAACUACCCUUAUUAAAUCCGGCAUUUUUGACAGACCAAGUUGAACCAGUUUGUGAAGGUGACCUCACGUGCCAAAAACUAAUAAUGGAAGCGAUGAAGUGGCACCUCUUGCCAGAACGUCGCCUGCAACUGGCCAGCUCGAGAACCCGACCUCGAAAAGCGACUCUGGGCAAACUGUUCGUGGUAGGAGGCAUGGAUAAGAACAAAGGAGCAACUACUAUCGAAAGCUACGAUCCUAGAUGCGACGCCUGGGCAGUGGCGCACCAUAUGAACGGGAGGAGGUUGCAGUUUGGUAUAGCGUUAAUGGGAGAUAAAUUACUCAUCGUGGGAGGUAGGGACGGUUUGAAAACGCUAAAUAGCAUGGAGUGUUUGGAUAUGGAGAGCGGUUCUUGGACACAACUUGCUCCCAUGAAUACUCACCGACACGGUUUAGGAGUCGCCGUUUUAGGUGGAACAUUAUACGCGGUGGGAGGACAUGAUGGUUGGAGUUAUCUUAACACAGUCGAAAGGUGGGACCCAGUGGCCCGUAACUGGCGAUACGUGACGCCAAUGCAAAACCAACGCUGCUCAGCCGGUAUAGCAGUCUUGAAUGGAAAACUGUACGCGGUAGGAGGUCGAGACGGAGCAUCUUGUCUCAGAACGGUCGAGAGUUACGAUCCUCAUACCGACAAGUGGACCAUGGUAUCUUCGUUGACAAGAAGAAGAGGUGGAGUAGGUGUAGCUGUCGUUAACGGAUAUCUGUACGCUAUGGGAGGACAGGACGCUCCGGCCAACAAUCCGGCAGCCUCGAGAUUCGAUUGUGUAGAGAGAUAUGACCCGAAAACCGACACCUGGUCGACGGUAGCCUCACUUUCGAGCAAGAGAGACGCAGUGGCGGCUUGUCGUUUCGGCGACAAACUUUACGCAAUCGGUGGCUACGACGGUAGCCACUAUCUUCGCACCGUGGAGCAAUACGAUCCUAAUGCCAACGAAUGGAACACCCUGUCCCCGUUGAUCACCGGACGAGCUGGAGCCUGUGUUAUUGCAAUCAGUAAUAGUGUACAAAACAGCGCAUGAUUGGAUACACGGAAGUUUUAUAAAAGGUUGUUUUUAUUGGUUGAUGUUUGGCGGGGUAAUUGGUAAGGCCCGAAAGAGGGAAUCGUACUCAGCGAGAAUCAAAAUUUUAAUAUUUUGUAAAAUUUACGCCGUUAUUUGAAACGUCAUGAUAGCACAAUUUUGCAGGUAAUAUUCGAGCGUUUAUGAUUAAGAGGCAGAAUCUGGACCAUUGAAUUGUUCACCGAAUUGUGAUCGAGUUUAUCCGCGUAAAAGUCUUAUCAAAUAAAUGAAUAAAUAUACAGGGUGUUUCUAAAUAAGAUAUAAUAUAUCUAAUAACUUUAAGAGGUAAUUCCACAUGAAAAAAUAAUGAGAGUUGGCUCCAUAAACAGAUGUCCGCAAAUGCUUCGUUUUCGAGAUACUGGGUGUUGAAUUUUUUUAAACUGCCAAUUUAUUUAUUAUUCUAACACCGGUUGAGCUAUGAAAAUGAAAUUUGGUAGGUUUUAAGAGGUAUUAUUGCACAUUUUUUGACAGACAAAUAAUAAUUUUUUAUUCAUCACUGGCGAGCAUACGGGUAAUGGUAUGAAUUUUUUUAAAGAAAAAAAAAUAGUACGCCACUGGAAUAUUUCAAAUUAAAAAUUAUUUUUAAAUUCCACGGUUAAUUUGUGAUAAAUUUCUUGUCUUAUUUUCAUAUAUGAUGCACCAUUUUUAUGCAAAAAAUAAACAUCUUAGCGCUUAUUUUUCAUAUCAUUAAUACAUUAUCAAGAACUAUCUAAUACAAUGAUACUAAACUAGAACAAUAACAGAAAAUAAAAUUAAUAAGAUUCAACUAGGCGCAAAGCUACAACAAAUGUUCAAAAUGACCUCCUUCACUGGUGACAGAAAAAUUUUAUAUUCGUCAUUGCCGUGCGUACAAGUAAUGGUCUGAAUUUUUUUUAAGAAAAAAAUUGUACGCCUCUGAGAUAUGUCAAAUUAAUAAUAAAUAAAAAAAUAAUACAUCUUAACAGGUAAAGUACAAAAAGUAUUCGAGGUAGUUUCCAUAUUCAUAAAAACUUAUUUCAAAUACUUUGUAAGCGUUAAGAUGUUUUAUUUUUUUGCAUAAAAAUGGUGCAUCAUAUGAAAAUAAGACAAGAGAGGUUUUUUAUCACAAAUUAACCGUGGAAUUUAAAAAUAAUUUUUAAUUUGAGAUAUUCCAGUGGCGUACUAUUUUUUUUUUUUUUAAAUUCAGACCAUUACCCGUAUGCUCGCCAAUGAUGAAUAAACAAUUAUUUUUUGUUUGUCAAAAAAAAGAGUGUGUGUGUACUUUGUACGCACGUAAGAAGUUAUACUUCUAUUAUAUGAUUUAAACGAAAUUAAUAUACUUUUUAUUUAUAUUUUGUUUAAAUAUUAAACUAAUUUAUACUUACUACUUCUCAAACAUUUUUAUUAGAACAGUGCCAAAAAUUAAAAUAAUAAAAGAAUAAAACACACACAAACACAUUAAACAAGCCACAAAUGAUGUCUGAACAUUAAUUGUCGAAAAUUUUUUUAACUAAAUACGUAUUUUCUGAAAAUACAAUUAUAUAAUAAAUAUACUUACAAUCAUAAAAUGUAUUAAAAGAAAACUAGUAUUAGUAUUAAAAAAAAAGUAUUAAAAACAAAAAAGAAAGUUUCCAUUGGGACUCGAACCAGCGCUGAUAAGAGCCGUUGGUAUUGGAAUUCAUUCGCCUUCUCCGCUUAGCCACGGACACUAUGUGUCAUUAUUUACGAAGAUCGACUAACUAAACGGAUUAAACUUGUGAUAUUUUGAUAUUUUGAAAAUUGAUCAAAUUAUUUUAAUUUUGAAUUGAAAUGAUUUAGAAUUGACAAAAUACAACAAAACAUAGAGUAAAAAAACAAUAUAUUAGGUGAAUAUUGAUAGGAAUUUUGAUGGUAAUCAAAUUAUAUAAAUAAAAGUAUUACAUACUAUGUAUUUUGGCAGAUCAAAUAGGUAGGUUUAUACCCAUGAUACAUUAACAAUUAUUACGUAACUGUUGCUUUUAAAAACUAUGUAAAAGUCACUACAAUAUUAUAAACUUUUUUGUUUCUGUCCUCACAACAAUAAAACUAAUAUAUUAUACAUUUGUUUACCUUUACCUCCAAACCACAGCUGCCAUAUCGGAUAAUUUUUGACAUGUCAUUUGAACAUCCAAUCAGAACAAAGUUAUAAUGCGCAUGCGCCAGGCUGAUAGGUUUUAACAUAUAAAAAAAUCACCCUCUACCGCCGGUAAAGAAGUAUAACUUCAAAAAUGUGCAAUAAAUACCUCUUAAAACUUACCAAAUUUCAUUUUCAUAGCUCAACCGGUGUUAGAAUAAUAAAUAAAUUGAAGUUUGAAAAAAAAAUUCAACACCCAGUAUCUCGGAAACGAAGCAUUUGCGGACAUAUGUUUAUAGAACCAACUGUCAUUAUUUUUCAUGUAAAAUUACCCCUUAAAGUUUGUCAUACUUAUUUAGAAACACCCUGUAUAGGAACAAAUACUCCAAAGCUCAAUUAAGUUUGCCAGAAAGAAGUAAAUGUUUUGGGGCUCAAAUGGAGUUAAGUUGCUAAAGAAAAGAUGUAAGAAUUGAAAAAAAAACAACAAAUAGCCCAAUAAACAAUGUGACAAAAUUGUGAUCAAAGAAAUGAUGUAAUGCAGAAUAGAGACAAUUCUUUUGGACUAAUUAGAUUCUAAUUACCAAAUAAAGUAUGUAACAACAGAGCUAAAAAUCCAGUAAUUGGUGGAUAUAAGAAUAGAGUAAAUACUUUUUGAACAAAACUGAGCAGAUUUGCCAAAGUAGAAGAAUAGAGCGAAUAGUUUUUGGACAAACCGAAGCAAAAACACUGAAAGCAAUUUUGCAAUUCAGUAAACCGUACAUACUUUUGGACAAUAUAUUCUCAAUCACCAAAUAAAGGUUCUAAAAACAGCAAACAGCUAAAACAUACACAGUAAAUGAAGGAUGGAAGAAUAUAAUAAAUAUAUUUUGAACAAAUCAGUGUAAUUCAGAAUAGUGCAGAAACUUUGGAGUCAAAAUCGUAACUAUUCACCAAAAAGGGAAGCUGGUCGGAGAAAACAGAGCUAAAACCCUAAUACACCUUCUGCUCGUUCGGGGAAAAAUGCUCAAGUCAGUGCGCACCUUUAUAGACGGUAUAUUUAAGAAUUAUCUUUGGAACAAAGAACAAAAAUUGAGAACAGUAACUGAAAAAGGAGUGUUUGAUUGAUUUUGGCAAUUUUGAUAAGACUUUAAGAUCCAGCAUAAAUGAAUUUUAAUAAACAAGACAAUCAAUAAGAUGUGUUAGGGCUCACAGAAAGAUGGACUUCAGACGUGGAUCAUUGUAUGCUAUCAUGAAUUUUCAUUUUGAAGAUUUCAACAAUUUUUUGUAAUUCGAUUUAAAAAGUGCUUACUGUGCUAAAAUUAGACAUAAUGAUUUUUACGUGUCUGCCAUAUUACACUGACCGGCACAAAAAACGGCCACCCCACAAAACGGGUCAUUUUUAAUGUUUCGAAUUUCCUAAACCUGUUGUCCGAUUAAAGUGAUUUUUUUACCAUGUUCUAGCCUUAUUCAUUAAAAAUAUCGCUGUAAUAUUAUUGUUGCUACACAGAUAAACCGUCAUUGUAUACCGGGUGUACCACUCAAACUGUGUUUUUUUCUCAAAGUUCACCACAUCUCUGUGGAAUAUUCUAGCAUUUAUAAAAUACUGAAACUAAAUCCCAACUAUAGCCUCAGGUUUUAUUAACAUUCUGUUUUUUAAUUCAUUCGUCUAUGUUGGAUAAUAAAAAAGUUAGGUAUUUUAACAACUAGCCAUGUUCUUCAUCAGUACAGGGUGUUUCUAAAUAAGUGUAACAAACUUUAAGGGGUAAUUCUGCAUGAAAAAAUAAUGACAGUUUGCUUUAUAAACAUAUGUCUGCAAAAGCUUCGUUUCCGAGAUAUGGGAUGUUAAAUUUUUUCUUACCAACUGAUGAUUUAUUUAUUGCUCUAAAACCGGUUGAGAUAUACAAAUGGAAUUUGGUAGGUUUUAAGAGACAGUUAUUGCACAUUUUUUGACAUGCUAUUAAGAAUUUUAUAUUCUCCAUUGGCGUGCAUACGCCAUUAAUAUGACGGGUAAUAUUACCCGUAUGCACGCCAAUGGUGAAUAUAAAAUUCUUAAUUGUAUGUCAAAUAAGGCGCAGUAACAACCCCUUAAAGCCUGCUAAAUUUCAUUUCCAUAUCUCAACCGGUUUUUAGAGCAAUAAAUAAAUCGUCAGUUUGUAAGAAGAAAUUCAACAUCCCGUAUUUCGGAAACGAAGCAUUUGCGGACAUAUGUUAAAGCAAACGGUCAUUAUUUUUUCAUGCAGAAUUACCCCUAAAAGUUUGUCGUACUUAUUUAGAAACACCAUGUAUUGAUGAAGAACAUAGCUAGUUGUUCAAGUACCUAACUUUUUUAUUAUCCAACGUAAGCGAAAGAAUCAAAAAACAGAAUGUUAAGAAAACCUAAGGCUAUAGUUGGGUGUUAAUUUCUGUAUUUUAUAAAUGCUAGAAUAUGCCACAGGGUGUGGCGAACUUUGAGAAAAAAACACAGUUUGAUUGGUACAACUGGUAUACAAUGAUAAUUUACCUAUCUGGAAACAAUAUUAUUACGUGACAUUAUUAAAGAAUACGGCUAUAACAUAUUAAAAAAAUGUGUGUGUACUUUGUACGCACGUAAGAAGUUAUAUUAUAUGAUUUAGCUAUUAUAUGAUUUCAAUGAAAUCAAUAUACUUUAAACAGUUUAUUUAUAUUUUAUUUAAAUAUUAAACUAAUUUUAAUACUUACUACUUUCCAAAAAUAUUUAUUAAAACAAUACCAAAAAUUAAAAAAAUAAAAGAAUAAAACCCACCCAGACACAUUGAAAAAUAAUGAAACAAAGAAAUGAUUUCUGAACAAUAAUAAUUGUUGAGAAAACUUUUAACUAAAUACGUAUUUUCUGAAAAAAAAUAUAAUCAAUAUACUUACAAUCAUAAAAUUUAUAAAAAAAAAAUAAGAAUUUGCAUUGGGAAUUAAACCUGCGUCUAUCAGGUUGUUAGAUUAUUUUGAACUCACCCCACGCAGAAUUUAUCUACCGAGACAUGUGAAUGAAGUGGGAAAAUAUAGCAACUGAACGGUUUAAAUUUUUUUUGACAGUUGCUUAUUCUCUUAGUUUAAUCAAAUAAGUUUGAUUUUUGUACAAUUAAAAUACGACAGAAUAUAGACUAAAAAAGAUUUUUGUUGGUAAUCAAAUUAUGUAAAUCAAAGCAUUAUCUACUAGCUAGGUAGGUACAUUUUCCAAAUAGGUAUGUAAUUUGUAAUUUUUUAUUACAAUACUGAAACAUUUACAAUAAGGUACGUACCUGUUGCUUUUAAAAACUAUUUAAAAAGUCACUACAAUUAUAAGCUUGCAUUUUGUCUCUGUCCUCACAACAAUAAAAACUAAUAUACACAACAUUAUUUGUUUAUCCAUAAUCUCCAUAUUGAACAAUAAUUAUUGACAGAUGAUUUUAACACCCAAUCAGAUCCCGUAUAACGUUUGAGCGGCUAAACCAUAUUGUCGGUGUGCGCAUGCGCCCAGGAAAAUAAAAAUUCAUCAUCGUGCCUAAAGAAGUAUAACUUCAAAAAUCACUUAAAUCGGACAACAGGUUUAGGAAAUUCGAGACAUCAAAAUGACCCAUUUUGUGGGGUGGCCAUUUUUUGAGCCGGUCAGUGUAUGUAACAUACAUUUCUUGAAAGUGUAGUGGAAAAUUAGAUAAUUAAUGAUUGUCAAUUUAAAGUCAUUGGUUUUGAUAUUAAAGUCUCGUGCUAACAUUUUAACAUCUUUUUUUGGACACUCAUAGUACUUCCGGUCCAGUGCCUCAUAGAACAUGUCUUUUUCAUCAUCUUCUUUCUCUUCGGUUGGAACGUCUCUUCUUCAUGCGCCGUGCUCGAUUAUCGAGCAUUGGCUAUCAAAUUGGCUAUAAUAAUGUUGUUGACGGCAGCUCGGAAAAUGAAUGCAGAGGAUCUGUUAAACCAUUCUCUCAGGUUUCUAAGCCAUGACGUUCUUCUUCGACCUGCCCCUCUUCUUCCUUCUACUUUGCCUUGUAUUAUUAAAUGAAGUAUAUCUCUUCGGGUGUCGCACAACAUGGCCAAAAUAUUCAAGUUUGCGAUUUUUAACUGUUCUGACGACUUCCGUAACUUUUCCCAUCCGAUGUAAAACAACUUCGGUACGAACUCUAUCCACCCAAAUUUAUUCGGUUAGGAUUCUCCGAUACACCCAGAUUUCAAAGGCUUCCAGUCUUUUGAGAAGUGUAUCCGUUAAAGUCCAACCUUCGACACCAUACAAAAGAGUAGACAACACAUAACAUCUCGCUAAUCUUGAGGUAAUAUUGUUUCCACAUAACCGUUUCUUCGUCUUAACCCAUUCGCUGCCUAUCUAAGAGGAUAGAACUCGGCUAGGAGCCAUUCUAUUGAACGGCACCAGGUGCCAUUCACGGCUGGCGCGUGAAUGGCACCUGACUGAAGUAACCGGCAGCGAAUGAGUUAAAGAAUGCAGCUCUGGCCUUCUCUAUACGUAUUCUAAUUUCUUUGCUCAUGUCCCAGUUCUUAUUUAGAUUAUAACCAAGAUAGGUAAUAGUGAAUGCCUACGCUAAAUUCUUACCGACACUGUAUCCGCUCCGAGCUUCGCUGGUAUCGCCACCUACCUACAGGAUUACUAGUAUAACUUUUACCGGAAAUUUUCUGGAAAGAAAAAAGUGUUGCCUAUACUCUGUGAGUUUCGCCGGUAUGGCUUCUAUCGCCAUCUAACGGUUGACUAGUGUUCCUAUUUCGGCCGGAAUUUUAAAGAGAACAGUAGAAAAGCAAAUAAUAGUUGUUUCAAAUUUAUUAUUUAAUUCUUAUCGUGUAAUAUUUACAACGUAAAGAAGUAAUUGGAUUGUAAUCGAUAAUUAAUAGCAGUAAGUACAGAAUUUAUUAUUCAUUAUGAUUAUUUUUAAGAUUUUGCUUAUCGUUUUGACGUUUAUGUUGACAACUAAUAUUAGAAAAAAUUUGUUCUGCAAAAAAGUAUAAUAAUUUAAUAUAAUUAUAGUAUAAUACUUCUUAAAUAUUAACUUAUGAAUGACAGUUAACGGCAUCCUACGUUUGCUGUGAUUGGUCGUUAUCUUCACGCAUUCAAAUUUUGUUUCAGGAUUGGAUUGUAAAAUUGAAACCGUCAAAAUUCGAGAGUGUGCUAACUGAUCCUUUAGCUCAAAUUUUUCUACCGUUUUAAAAUUAAAAUUGGGUUUACUUACUUUUUUCUAAUUGCAUCAAUCCAUUUUUGUCGUUGAAUCACCUUAUGCUUAGCGACAGGAAAGUUGUAGAAUACACAGUUAUUAUUGUAACCAGUAUUUCGACACUCUUUAAUACAACAACUUUAGUGAGACAUUUAAAAGCUAUAAUAUGCAACUCUUAAUGCAGAACGUCAAAAAGCAAAUUUCCAGUAAAGGUUUACAAACUUGUCACUACUGGCGCUCGCGAAUUUUCAAUUAUCCCCUCUACAUACGAGCUCACAGCGUAUAGCCAUGAAUCUGUUUAUAGCCUGAGUCAGUGGCGGCACAAAUUAAUGAGGAUCAUAAAAGUAUCUACAAAUUAGUUUUUGUUAUUAUACUAUGGCAGAUACGUAAAAAUACUCUAAUUAUUUGUCUUAGAAAAUUUUAUUGAUAAGCCGUAUUAAAACUAAGACUGACUGAAACCGGCUGCAUUUAUUUGGAUAUAUCAAGACUGACACUUUUCUUAUUUUUUAGUCUUCAAAUUAUUUUCAACAAUUAAUUAGAAAAAAAAUUAUUUCGUCCGAUUUUUUUUGUUUUAAUUUGAAAUAUUUAAUAUAUUUUAUUAUAAUGACGUGAAUCUGUUAUUUGCUUUAGACUAUACAGGGUGGUUCAUAAUUAAUGUUAUAAAAUAUGUUAGUAUAAGAACUAUCUGAUUUUAAUCCACAACUUAACACUUAAAUUAAUCAAAAGCUCUUAAACAUGAUCUGGGUCAGUUUAUUUUCAUUAAAAUUAUGUUUUAAAAAGAUCAGAUAAUCGUAUAUACAAUUUAGAAUAUGUAGUGCCUAUUUAUUUAUAUUUAUUACAAAUUUCUUGUGUGGGAGUGAUUUACCAUGCAAAAGGUGGAAGAAUUGCCAAUUAGGUGUUUUUUUUAAUUAUUCGUUAUAUUAAUACAUUAGGUUCGAAUCCGGACUGCGUGGUGACUAGGGGAACCGACUUACACAUUCUUUAUGAAUCACCUGUAGUAUUUGAGUUUUUUUAGCUACUUAUUACCAAUGUAGUGAUUUUUGAGCUUAUUACAUUCGUAGAUAUUUAUUUAAUUUAGUUAGUGACGCUCAUUGUCGCGAGAAAUUGUAUAUAGUGGAUGAUCGCAAUCUAAAAAUUACAUAAUGGAGCAAUUAUUUGAUAUUCUGACAUAAUUGUAAGAUUUUGCUUAAUAUUUCAGACAAAAUAAGAAUUAAUCGAGAAUAAUUAUCCAAUACAAUUGUCGAUAGAAGCUCAGAUUACCUUUAAUGCACUAAUUUUAUACAAAUUUUGAUGUAUUUACUGUUUUAAAGAAGGUUUUCGAUUAGGUAGAGAUGCUUCAACAAUCCUGUGAAUAAAUAUGAACUAAAAAGGGGAUAAUAAACAUUAAAAGAAAUAUCUUUGCUCCAUUAUGUAAUAAAACAAUCAUCAUUGUACAUCAAAGUAGGUUCCAGUGUUUUAAAACAUUUGUAAUUUUCAAUAAAAUGUAAAUAAUAAUGUGAAUCAUCUGAUAAAUCUCAACUUCUACUACCAAAUUCGAAAUAUGGCAACAUUCUAAAUUUAAACUACAAUGAAUUUUGAUCUGCAUUCAGUAUACAGUAUGUUACGUGCGUAUAUUUGUGAUAUUGUGUCAAAAUGUAAAAAAUAAACACCUGUUACCUGCGAUCCAUUGUAUAAUGUAUAAAAAAUAUUCUUUAACUGCCUUUCUAUAUUAUUAAUUCAAAUUGCGAGUUUUUUUUUUCAAAACCGAUAGAAAUAUACAAUCAAAUACAUGAUAUGUGUUCCCGCCCCCAAUCUCAAAUUGUUUCUGUGAUAUAUGUUAUUUUCACAUUAUUUUUUAAAGAGGGGACAUUACAGAAGUGUUAGAGUAAGUCAAAAUGUGAUAAAACUAAUGUUAUAAGGCUCUUUCUUGGCAACCAAAAAUGUAAUUUUUAAAAAUAAAUGUUUUUCAAGUAA